AUGUUCAAGUUUUUUAAAUCAGAUUUCUUUAAUUUCGAGUUCCUGCGUGUCCUCGACGCAGCUCCAUUCUACGGAUCUGAAACUGGAGAAUGUCUUGUUGCUAGGACUAAGAUUACUGACGGCGAUCCGGAGAGCUGGUAUCAUGCCUGGACAGCAGAGGCUGAGCGUGCAGUCAGCGUAGGCGAAGACGCAGUAAAACAUGGGGAUCGAGUCGAAGCUUCUUGGGCAUUCAUCCGCGCAUCAAACUACUACCGCUCCAGCGAGUUCUUUCUGCAUUGCAAUCCGCAGGAUCCCCGAAUCCUCAACGCCAUCCAGAAGAGCUCUGAUGUCUUUGAGCGGGGGGCGAGACUUCUGGACGGCGAGCUCCACAUUCUUGAUAUUCCAUUCGAAGACAGCAUUUCGUUGCCUGGGAGACUCUUUCUUCCCCCUUCUCAUAAGCAGGUGACGGACAAGCUGCCUAUUCUAGUCCAGAUGGGUGGCUUUGAUUCGACGCAGGAAGAGCUAUACUUUUACGGACCAGCAGGCGGACUACCUCGGGGCUAUGCUGUUCUAACCUUUGACGGUCCCGGUCAAGGCAUCUCUCUGCGCAGAGAUAAGACUCGCAUGGUCCCUGACUGGGAAAGAGUGACGGGAAAGGUGCUGGACUACCUCGAAACUAAGCUCGCAGCAAAGCACAACAUAGAUAUGGGCAGGGUUGCUGUGCUGGGAGCAUCGCUGGGAGGGUAUCUGGUGCUGCGAGCUGCCGCUGAUUCGCGAGUUGGAGCAGCUAUCUCGACAGAUGGAUGCUAUGACCUUUUUGACGUUACAAAGAGUCGAAUGCCCAAUUGGUUCAUUGGCGGCUGGCUGAGCGGAUGGCUAAGUGACGGUUUCUUCAACUUUGUCGUCAACCGACUUGCGGCAUCCAACUUCCAGCUUCGGUGGGAAUUUGGCCACAGCAUGUGGCUAUACGGCGUGAACAACCCAGCCGACGUCAUGAGACAGAUGCAGCGCUUCUCACUCCGCCUCGAAGAUGGAGGAGAGUAUCUAUCCAAGCUCAAAUGCGCUACCUUGGUAACGGGCGCUUCCGACACGUUCUAUUUUACCCCGGAGCUCAAUGCCGAGCGUAUCUUUCAGAAGCUGAAUCAUAUUGACAGCAGCAAUAAGGAGCUGUGGAUCGGUCAGGGAGUGAGUGGAGGGGGCCUUCAAGCAAAGAUUGCGGCUCUGGCACUUUCUCAUCAAAAGAUCGCUAUCUUCGCCGCGGCUAAGAUCAACGGCGUUAAUGUCGCGACAGCGUCAGACUACCAGCACAUGGUCACUAAUAAGACGCCCGAGUUCCUGGCAAAGUUCCCCAUCGGCAAGGUUCCCGCGUUCGAAGCCACCGACGGUACCACAAUCGCCGAGUCUGACGCCAUCGCGCAAUACGUUGCGGAAGUCGGCCCUCGCUCCGCCCAGCUGCUGGGAGCCGAUGCCCGCGAGAGGGCCAGGGUCCGACAAUGGAUCAAUUUCACCGACAGCGAGGUGUACGGUAACAUGAUGGGCGUCGUGCUCUGUCGGGCCGGAUUCGCGCCCCAUGUGCCAGAGAAGGAGGCGGCCGCCGCUAAAGGGCUGAACUUCGGGCUGGGGGUCGUCGAGAAAUGGCUCACGGGCCGGGAAUGGCUGGCCACCGACCAGCUUAGCUUGGCAGAUCUGACGCUGGCUGCCGCCCUGUACUGGGCGUAUAUGCACUACCUCGACGACAAGAGGAGGGAGGCGUAUCCGCUCGUGACGGCGUGGUAUCUGCGAACCAUCGGCGCCGAAGGAGUCAAGGAUGUGUUUGGGCCGCCCAAUCUGGUAGCUGCCGCAAAGGAAUUCGAGCCAUAA